GCCGCAUUUGCUGGGACGCGGCAUUUUUUUUUCUCCACACAGCGGAAAUGAGCGUCAACUUCGUGGGUAAAAGUUUUCUUUUCCUCUUUUUUUGUCGCGGGAGAGACCAUUCGCAUGCAGACACGAUGACAGAGAAGGCGAAGGGCUUUUCCACGCGAACCGCUCCCUCUGAAGUCCACUUUGUUCCGCUCCUGCUCGGCGCUUAGAUGCUACUUUGGACGCCUCUCAGCACAUUUCCGUUAUGCGAAGUCCAACUCGGUGGUUAGUCGUCGUGCUGCGGUGGGUGCCCGUCCGAGAUAACGGAGAACUGAUUCUCUGCCAGUCUGGUUACUGCAAUGAAUGGUAACACUAUCCAUCCAGCCAACACCACUUCAGCAGGAGGAGGUCCAAGUGUAGCGGCGCCACCGAGAGGCUGGUGGGAGUUCUGCGAGCUGCAUGCCAUCGCGACAGCCCGACAGCUGGCCGGACAUUACCGGAGCUUCGCCAGUGAGCGCCCGCAGCAUGAACUGGUCGCGCCGGAGACCUUCUCCAAGCACUUCACCGACCUCUUCCAGCACCACUUCUGCUGCGAAGUCGACAAAGAUGGCAGCCCGAUUUCCUCCGGAAGCGCCUCCGCCACAGCGCCGCCCGUCUCGUCCGCCGCGCCGCACGCCGGGAUCAGCCGGUCGUGGAUCCCAUCCCUGUCCCAGGACUACCGGGAGGCGGGGCGGCCGAGCGUAGGAGCCGCCUCCAUAUCCGUGGCACCGAAAGUGGAGCCGGUGGUGGUGAGUCUGGAGGAGCAGGUGCCGCUGAGACGCGCCGCCAGAAACUCCUUCUCGGGCUCCCGCGGCGUAGUCGGCGGGUCGUUGCUGAUUCAGAGCCACAGCAACGACGAGAUCUCCGGCGCCUAUCGUCACCAGCCAUCCGAGCGGCACUCCUCCGAGUCUCUGGUGUCAAGUUCGGGACACGGUGACGUCACGCAUUUCCCCGUCAGCCAGAUCCAGAAGACAGUGCGCCGGAUUUUCCAGAAACGGCAAUCGCACGGCUCCCGCUCAUCCCAGGACCUGUCUCCUACCAAUCCUGACCCCCCCACCACCAACCACGCCACCACAAGUCCCGCCAACCACGGCGACAGAGUGGAGGAAGGCUCCUCCUCUUUCUCCCACCCGCUCCUUUUUCAGAACUCGGAAGCCACCGCCCCGACCGCGUUACACCGACCCAGGGUGGUCUCUCACCUCCUGGAGGGUUUUCGUUGGUUACGCAGCAGGAGCAUGAGGCUCAGGAGGCCCGAAAUGAGCGGCUGCUGCAAAGAGGGCCAGCUCAAGUACCUCCUGGUGGAUGACACUAUCUCGGACUCUCAGCCCCACUGGCAACGCUGCCGCCUGCUGGUCAGGAGGAUCAGAGACACUCAAAGUGGAGGGGGCCGAGCAGGAAGCGAGAGGUACCAGCUGGAGUUGUACGAUCCCCCGAAGGCCUCCAGUCCCAAACUGACGACUCACUGCUCAGAUAUCCAAGAAGUCCGUCGCUGCACCCGACUGGAGAUGCCUGACAACUUAAACACAUUUGUUCUAAAGGUUAAUCGAGGGAGUCUGAUAUUUGAGACGGACAACGACCAGCAGGUCAGCUCCUGGACCACAGAGCUAAAAGAAUGCAUCAGCAACAGGUCAGGCAGUGUGGAUCUGGAGUCCCCCCUGUCUUCAGCUGACAGCUCUGUUCCAGCCAAUCAGAGGAGGAGCUCAGACUCAGGAAGUCAAAGCCCUGUCACCUUCACGCUGCCUGAGCAGGUCAUUCAGAAGGCCGACGACUUCCUGGUUUCUUUCCCUUGGUUUCACGGGCCCAUCUCUCGGGUGAAGGCGGCUCACCUCGUCCAGAGCUCCGGACCCGACGGUCACGGCGUCUUUCUGGUCCGGCAGAGUGAGACGCGAAGGGGAGACUUUGUCCUGACGUUUAACUACCAGGGAAAAGCAAAGCACCUGCGCCUUUCUCUGAACGAAUGGGGUCAAUGCAGGGUGCAGCACCUGCGCUUCCCCUCCGUCAUGGACAUGCUCAGUCACUUCCGCCUCUACCCCAUCCCGCUGGAGUGCGGCGCAGCUGGAGCCGUCACGCUGUCCAGCUUCGUCCUGGCCGGCUCCAUGCCGCCAUCACAGGGUCAGCUCCCCGGCGCCUUCCUCGUCCCCUUCUCCCUCCAUCGCUGGAGCUCCGAGCCCAGCCUGGCUCGCUGCAGCCUGGCCGGCAGCUCCGCUCAGCCCCCGGCCUUCUCCUCCUCCUCCUCUUCCUCCCCCCCUGGCACCACCUCCACCUCCACGUCCCGUCCCGGCUCCUUCUCCCAGCUGGGCCGCCCCGUCCCCGAGCCGUCGGCCCCGGCUCACCUGCGGCGGAGCGAGUCGGUGGGGAGGAGACCCCUGCUGCGCAGCCCCAACCCCCACACUCCCAUCAUCCCCCAGCGGGACUCGGACUACGAACUGGAGCCCGACCGCGGUCGCAAGCGGGCGAUCGACAACCAGUACAUGUUGCUCUGACGCCUGCGAGGACGAACACCAGAGAGAACCGAUCCGAACAAGUCCGACAAAUGCAGAACACACGCAAAAAAAAAAACAAAAAAACAAGUUAGCCUCACCAUCAGAACCUCCAGUGUCCACAGUGAAUGUAUUUUUGGACUUUGAUGAGAGCCUUGACGGCGAUGAUUAGUCUUGUUUUCAGUCGAUGAGCUCGGGCGGAAGUGGGAAAGGUUCAUUAACGCCCGCUGCAGUGAUUUUUGUGUUUUUUCCCAGAAGUGCACUUGACGUUACUCCUUCGGCACUUAACCUGAAACGACGGGGAAAAUCGCCCGCCGGCUCCUCGGAGAAAAACUCGGGGCUCGAACUUUUCCGCACAAAGUUCCCGAAAGCGAAGCAAAACUUCCACCUGCGCUCCUUUUUCCUUGUGGGAUCGAAUUCUGUUCUUCCUCUUUUGUGCGUCAUUAAAAGCACCUGCAGGAAGUGUGCAUCACUUUCAGUGCACUUUUUA